UCGUCAGUUCUGUCAACGCCAUGACACACAUGUUUCAGGUACUCGACAACUGGUGUCAGAAUCUGCAGGAGUUUGCCGGGCCAGAGUGUGUCCAAGCGCUCGCUCUGACAGCGGAGCCUCAUUACCCUCUGAUGGCGGUGAGGUUGAAUGACAAUAAUUAUGCAAUAUCUUCUGCAGAUACGUAUCAAAGAAGCCAAUCUAAAAUUUACCAUGUUCACCCUUGGUGCCAGUUUGUUGACGCACUAUGAAAUUAUUAUGAUUGUAUCUGUUUAACAUGACAGAGAAUGAUGAUUGUAAGUUGAACUGAGCGUGCCUUCCAAGACCGCUGACUCAAAACUACCGACGGUUGUCAUCACCAAACGCAGCUUCCACCCGUCGCUCGCCGGCACUGCGGCGAGCCGCUUUGCCUUGCCCCUGACGUCGAGACUAUGAAUGUGAUAGAGGGUUUGGCGAAAAGGUGGCAAGAUCACGGAGCUAGCGUCCGGCCGGGACAUUCUAAAUGCAGUAUAAAUUCACGAGGUCUUCCCAAUCAUUAGCGAAGAAAGUCAUCAGUCUCCCUUGGAAUUGAAGUCGGCAAAAAUUACCUCAGCAAUCGCUCUCCGUAGACCUGCGCGGAAGUGUACUUUGAAAGCAGUGGAAUAGUAAAAGGAGGUACAGGUACUCUACACACUCACACUGUCUUGCACUGAUCUGCAGCCUGGCAGGAUGGUGUUGGACAACCGUCAUGUUCUCAUUGGUAUGCUACUUGCAGUACUGGUAAAACAAGGGAGCAGUCAACUUGGUAGCGGUGAUAAAGAUAAUUAUGUACCUGGUACUGUACUUCCGCUUGGAUAUGGUAGCGGAGGUCCUUUUCAACCUGAUAAAGAUAUUGUCCCAGACCUUGAUGCAACACACCCACCUGAAGCGGUUGUUACCUCGUCCUCAACAACGAACCCACCUGAACUAGUUGAUUCCGCCAAGUGCAAUGAGACAUUCAACUUUGAAAAUGGCGUCUAUGAAGUAACAACUGUCACAGGGUCAAUCUUUCCUCCCUAUACUCAGGCCACAUUCCGGUGCAAUUUACGAUUUAAACUUGUUGGAGCGUCUGAACUGGUGUGCAAUGAGAAUGCAUCUCCCUCGCCUCAGUGGUCUGAAGCAACGCCAAUUUGCCAACAAUUCCUGUGUCUACGUCCACCAGUCAUAGAGGCGAGUAUUGUAAGACGGAUAGGUGGAUACUACCCCGGAGACAUGGCAACAUACCGUUGUAACACAGGCUUUUGGGCAGAUGGACCAGUUACUUUAACCUGCCGUGACGGGACGUUUGAUUGGUUUCCUUCGCCACCGGUCUGCAAGCCCAUCACCUGCCCCAUACCACCUUCAAUUCGUAACGGUGCGGUAACUUGGACACCGGGGCUGAGAAUUGGUUCUACGGUGGCAUGGACGUGUGAUAAGCCUUAUAUCUUGGUUGGAAGUCCAAGUGCAUUCUGCACGGCUGGCGGUGAAUGGACCACAGAUCGACCACCCACAUGUGAACCUAAGUGCUACGACACGGUGCCUAGGGAUUUCUAUGAGCGACCUCCAGCAACCUCCACAAGCAGCCCUGAACCCGCCUGUGGUCCGUCUGCUGCUGAUAUCAUUGUUAUUGUGGAUGAGUCAGACAGUAUGGCGUCUGUGCAAAAAGCCUGGUUUCGUGAAACCAUAAAAUACCUUGAAGAUUCUUUACGAAAACAUGGAAUUGGAGUCUACCCCGAUAUCCCCAACCAGUAUAGCUUGGUUGGCUUUGGCCGGUCCCAUUUCCCCAAUGACAGACAUCCUGUUGCCCGGCCGCGGGUAAUCCUGGAUUCUAGCGGAAACCGAGUGUAUGGAGUGGAUGGAUUUGAAGAAGCCUGCGCUGCAUUGCAGGCUUCUGGGUCACGAGAGGAUGGCUACAACUCCAUCAGGUUUGCCCUGGAGGAUAUUCCGGAGCUGCGUUUGCGCCAAGCUAGCGUUGCCCCAAUCGUCAUUCUGGUCACUGAUGAGGAUAGGGAUCGUCACAGAGAUGCUACUUCUCUGACAAGGAGCGGCUUGAAGCAAUUGAUCCGGAAAAGUGGAGCACAGUUGGAGUGUAUUGUGGACAACUCUUUCCUGAUGAAUGGCCGUGAAGGGUAUGGCAUGGAUGCUGGUGGUGUGGUUUACAGAAGCAGUCGCUUUGUGGGCCAGUUUGAGAAGGUACUCGUGACAGGUAACCCUCGCCGUGUGACUGGCUAUCACCGUAGAAACGUCCGCCGGGAUUACACUCAUGUGGCACUGGAGCUUGGUGGUGCUGCAUGGGACCUGAAGAAGCUACUGCUGGAUGAUGUCCCAGAUUAUGGAUCCGUUCAGGCGUUUGUGAACCGGACAGUGGAGAUGGUGGAGCACCGUGUUCACAAGUGCUGCACAUGCCGGUGUACAGCAGUAGAUCAUCUGGGCAGGGAGAGAGAGCCCAGCAGCAGUACACCAGCAUACCUGAGCUGCCAGGCUGCUGCAACAGCUGCAGACUGCAUUCAGGGACGCAUGCCCAAUGCCUUUCGAACACGGACCUGAAGUUAUUGGGUUGCAGCAAUUCUCAAGUAUAGCUCUCUCUCUCUCUCUCACACACACACACACACACACACACACACACACAUGCGCGCGCAUACGCAAGUAAGAGAGUAUAGUGUCCUACCCUGCUUGGACAUAAUUUCUCCUCAGAGACAGUCUCCUCCUGAAUUUAAAAGUCUAACAGUGUUCACACAAAUACUCAACUUAUUCGU